AUGCAUAUUGUUUAUUGUAUCCGUGGUUUAUUAAAUAAUGCAACAGAAGAUAUAAUUGAAACAUUUGAUACAAAGAAAAAUGCUAAUGAAAAUGGUGAAGAUGAUCCUGAAGAUAUAUAUCGUUUAGCUAAUGUUCUUAGUGAACAUUCAGGUUUAGAAACUAUGCUUAAACGUUUAGAUUCAAUUCAUGAUAUGUCAUCAGGAAAAGCAUUAUUACAAAUUUUAUUAAAAUUAUUUGAAUAUGCUAUUAAACUUAAAGUUAAUCGACAACGUUUAAUUGAUCCAAAUUUACGUUCAAUAUCAUCUAUGUUAAAUAAACUUAAUUUAUUAUUAAAAACUGAAACUGAAGAACAAGGACGUAAUCAAGGACUUUUAUUAUUAACAGAAAAACUUCUUUUUAUUAUGGAUCAAUUAUUUCAUGAAGCAAGUACAACAUUAUCACAAGAUAAAUAUAAUGAAUUUUCUGUAUCAUGUGAAGGUGAUAUUGAACAAUUACGUUCAUUACUUAAUUAUAUAAAAUUACCAUUUGUUAAAACUCAUCCAAGUUUAAUGGAAGCUCUUAUUCAUUUAUUACCAUAUUUAUCAUUUGGAAAUAAAGAAAAAAUGCGAACAUUACUUGAUUAUUUUAAAUCAUAUUUAGAAUUUGAUCGAUUUGAUCUUGAACAAACAUCAUCAUCAACAACAACAAUAUCAAAUGAUAAUGAUAGUCAAUUACAUUUAGAUUGUUUUUGUGAAAUAUGUAAACAUUUAGAUAAAAAAUCUGUUUAUGGUAAAGAAUUUCGUGAUCUUGUUAAUGAAUCAAAUGGUAUUAUUGAUCAAUGUAUAAAUUAUAUUGAAUCAAAUUCACCACAAGUUAAAACAUAUUUAGGUAUGCAAGAUCAAGAUAGUUGGAAAGAAUUUUUAAAUAAACCAAGUUUAUCUUAUGUAUUACGUUUAUUAACGGGUUUAUCAUAUGGACAUGAACAUAUUCAAAUGAAAAUUGGACAAAGUUUAAUUCCAAUUUUACAUAAAAUUGAACAAUUAACAACAGCUGGUAAAGUUGGUGUUUUAGCUGAAGAUCUUUUACAUUCAUUAACUGAAAAUGAACAAGUUGCAAAAAAAAUUGAUGAUGUUAGAAAUCAAACACGUGCAGAAAAAAAACGUUUAGCACAAGAAGCACGUGGUAGAAAAAUGCGUGAAUUAAAUUUAACAAAAAUAGCACGAAACAAAAGUGCAUCAGAAUCAUCAGCAACAGCAUCAAAAACACCUGUAUCACAUGGUGAUUUAACUGAUGAAACUGGUCAUGUUUGUUGUAUUUGUCGUGAAGGUUAUAAAUAUUUUCCAAACAAAGUUUUAGCUAUUUAUACAUUUACAAAAAAAGUUGAUAUUGAACCAUAUGAAGCUAAAACACGAAAAACAUCUGGUUAUGCAACUGUAACACAUUUUAAUAUUAUACAUAUUGAAUGUCAUACAUCAGCUAUUAAACAAGCACGAUCAAGAGAUGAAUGGGAAUCAGCUUUAUUACAAAAUGCAAAUACACGUUGUAAUGGUUUAUUACCAUUAUGGGGACCUGAUGUUGCUGAAGCACAAUUUACAACAGCACUUGCAAGAUAUGAUACGAAUAUAAUCGAAGCAACAGGUAUUCGUGAAACAUCACCAACAUUAUCAAUUCAUGAUAUAAAACUUUUAUUACUUCGUUUUGCUGAUGUACAAUCAUUUAGUGAAGAUACAGGUGGUGGUGGACGAGAAUCAAAUAUACGUUUGAUUCCAUAUGAAAUGCAUACAAUUCUUAAUGUUCUUACAACUCGUCCUGAUUUAUUAAUAAAUGAAGCAUUUGAAGUUGAUGGUCCUUUCUUUCUAACAACAUUAUCAUUAAUUAUAAUGAAACCAAAUGAUUGGGAAAAAAAUCGUCGUAUUUUUCUUCGAAAACUUCUUCUUACUACACAUAUUCGAUCAGUCAAUACAUCAAAUGAUCGAACAAAAAUUGCUUCAAAAGCAUUAAAAUCAUUUGCAACUUAUAAAACAACUCUUGUCUUUUUUGGUCUUGUCAAUGCAUUUUUUGUUCAUAUGUUAAAUCCGAUAUAUACUAUCUCGGAUCUUCAUGUGGAUCAUGAUGAGAAUAUGAAAUGGGUUGAACAUUUGUUAAAUGAUAAAUAUUUAAAUGAUACAGUAAUUAUCGCAGGUGAUGUUAUACAUGUUCUAUCCGAAUUAGUACAUACAUUAAAAUUAUUCAAGUCAAAAUUUAAAGAUGUUUACUAUUGUCCGGGCAAUCAUGAAUUAUGGACAAAAUCAUUAAGAGAAGAUGAAGAAUUACAAAUUCAUAAUUCCAUAGAAAAAUUUCACUAUAUAUUAGAAAUUUGCGAUGAUAUUGGUAUACAUACAAGACCUGGUGUUACUAGUCAAGGUGUAACUAUUGUGCCCUUGUAUGGAUGGUAUGAUGAUAGCUUACAUAUGCCAGUUCCAAAUGUUGAAAGUGACUUACAACUCUGGAUGGAUUAUUAUCGGUGUCAAUGGACAGAUGAAGUACCACAACGUGAAGCUGCAAAGUAUUUUGUUAAUCUAAAUGAGCAACAUUUAUCCAGUUUAAAUAAGAAUAAAAGCAACUCAAAAAUCAUAACAUUUUCACAUUUUUUAACAAGCAAAAAAUUAAUGCAGGCAUAUCGUAGUGAAAUGUCCCGUCGUCGACAAAAAUGGCUCGAAAGUCAAAACAACACACCACAGAAUGAAGAAAUAACAAGCGGAACAUUGACAGCUAAUUUUUCAUUAGUGGCUGGAACUGAAUUAUUAGAUGAGCAAUUAAAAUUAAUUAAACCACAAAUACACAUAUUUGGUCAUAGUCAUCGUAAAAUGAUAUUGGAUAUUGGUGAUGGUAUAAAAUAUAUAAAUAAUCCACUUGGUUAUACAAGAGAAAGAGAAAAUGGAUUAAUUGAGCCGCCACAUGAACUUUACGAAAUAAAUUUAAUAGAAAAAUAA